AUGGAUGAUAAGACGAGCUGGGACCAUCUGCCCAAAGAGAUCCGGCUGGCGAUUCUGGAGGCCCUACUGCAGGACGCCUGCAGCCUCGCCAGCCUCGCCACGGUUUCGCGAGAGUGGCAGACGACCAUCGAGCGGCACAACUUCGCCCGGAUCAGACUGACACCGUCACGGCUUCCCUACUUCGGCUCCAUGAUCCGCCGCAACCGUGCCCUCGUGCGCUAUAUAUGGGUCUGCUUGGAACUUGAGAAAUACGACCGCCCCUAUUUCGACUCCCAAGGAGCUAUUAUGUGGGGGGACAAGAUGAUGGACAGCCUUGUUUUCACAAUUGCGCUCUACGAUCUCUUCUUGGCCCUCAGCGCGUGGGAACCACACGGCGAGCUACUACUCGAUAUCAGCAUAUACUCGCCCAGCGAUUCGGAGUAUUGGUUCAAAGAGCUAACCUUUGUACCGGAUUUCCCAUCCUCGGAGGAGUGUGACCGGGCUCUUUGCGGCACAGUGAAGGCGAGGCGUGCCAGGAUCGACGACGACGAGGAGCACGGCUGGACAGGCGCCCCGCCCAGGAUUGCCGUCAGCGCGGCCUUUGAUCUGCUCAUGAUUGGGGAGUCGUUCGAGGAUUCAAGGCCGCAGAUGAACUGGUGGGAGCGGCUGCCUGGAGCCCCUGCAGUGACAGGUUUGCUACUUCGGCAGCAGAACCGCCGGCGAUGGAACCCGCUCUCGGUCUCAAGAAUGCUCGAGAGUCUCCCCAGGGUCCGAGAGGUACAUUACGAACUGUGGAGGGAAUGGCACCCCAACCGUCAGCGAGUUGUGGACACUACAUAA